AUGGGCUGGUCCAACAGCGAUGGGCUGGUAAGAGUCUACGACAGCAGGUCCAAUAGUGAUGGGCUGGUAAGAGUCUACGACGGCUGGUCCAGGAACAAUGGGUUGGUAAGAGUCAACCACAGCAGGUUCAACAGCAAUGGGCUGGUAAGAGUCAACCACAGCAGGUCCAACGACGAUUGGCUGGUAAGAGUCAACCACGGCAGGUCCAACAGCGAUAGGUUGGUAAGAGUCAACCACGGCGGGUCCAACGGCAAUGCCUUCCGGCUGUACGAUAGCUGGGCCAAUGGCAAUGCCUUCUGGCUGUACGAUAGCUGGGCCAACGGUGAUGCCUUCUGGCUGUACAAUGGCUGGGCCAACGGCGAUACCUCCUUCAACGAUAGCGGGACCAACGGCAAUGCCCUCUGGCUGUACGAUAGCUGGGCCAACGGAAAUAUCUUCUGGCUGAACAAUAGCGGGCCCAACAGCGAUGCCUUCUGGCUGUACAAUGGCUGGGCCAACGGCGAUACCUCCUUCAACGAUAGCGGGACCAACGGAUAUUCCUUCUGGCUGAACGAUAGCGGGGCCAACGGCGAUGUCCUCUGGCUGUACGAUAGCUGGGCCAACGGCGAUACCUUCUGGCUGUACAAUGGCUGGGCCAACGGCGAUACCUCCUUCAACGAUAGCGGGACCAACGGCAAUGCCCUCUGGCUGUACGAUAGCUGGGCCAACGGAAAUAUCUUCUGGCUGAACAAUAGCGGGCCCAACAGCGAUGCCUUCUGGCUGUACAAUGGCUGGGCCAACGGCGAUACCUCCUUCAACGAUAGCGGGACCAACGGAUAUUCCUUCUGA